AUGCUCGCCGCCGCCGCCGCCGCCGCCGCGUUGGUCUUCCCUCUGCCGGCGCAUCACCGCAUGUGCGCGUGCGAACCGGCCCGCCGCGUGCGAACCGGCCCGCCAACAAUGGCUGGCGUCGACGAGGAGGCGCCGAUGAGCAAGGCCGAGAUCGACGCCUGGCUGGCGGCGCAGACGGGCGCCAUUGACGGCCGGGCGCAGGAGCUGCUCGACGGCGCUGGCGUGACCGCGCCACCGCCGUUGCCGGUGGCGGGAGAAAUGGAGUGGGGCCGCUGGUCGCAGCGCGGCGCGGCGCUGAGCUUCGAGCUGCGUGUGCCGGAGGCGACGCGUGCGGCCGACGUGCGUUGCGAGUGCCUCAUCGGCUUCCUCGACGAGGUGCGGCCGACCGAGCUCGAGUGGCUGCUCGACACGACGGCGGAGGGCGAGAGGUUGCUGUGCGUCGAGCUGCCGAGGCGCGCGCCGCCGCCGGAGCAGGGCCGGCCGCCGCCGACGCCCAUCUUUCGGUCGCUCCGCGUCGCCGGCGUGGAGGAGCGCAACCAGCAGCUCGAGACGAAUCUGCGCUUCGUCGUCCAGCAGCUGAGCCAGCGCGCCGAGGAUGCGGUGAUGGAGCGGCUGGACGCGCUGCUCGCGCGCAAAGAGCGCGACCUGCGCCACGCGCUGCUCCGUGCGCAGGCCCGCGACCUGUCGCCCACGGAGCGGCUCGAGGAGCGGGUGGGCGUCCUCGAGCGCACCUUUGCCGCGGCGGUCGCGCUGCUCGGGCAGGCUGACGACGCGCCCGCACAAGCCGCCGCUGCCCCAGCUAGCAGCGCGGCAAGCCCCUUCAGCCCGCACCCGUGGGACUCCCGUGGCGCGCCGUACGCCUCGCCCGCGCCGCCGCCGCAGACCCCUCCGCCAGCCGCCGCGCGCAGCAGCAGUCGCGAGGCGGAGCUAGCGAAGCAGGUCGAGGUGCUGACUGCCGAAGCGGGGCGCCUGAAGGCCGAGGUGGCCGAGGCGACGGCCGCGGCCGACAAGGCGAGAGCGGAGGCGGCGCGGCGCGUGCACGCCGCCGAGGAGGAGGCCUCCAUCUCCAAGGCCGCCGCCGCCGCCGCCGCAGCCCGCUCGAGGGACCUGGAGGAGGCGGCGGCCCGCGAGGCGGAGCGGUAUGCUGGGCUGCAGGCAAAGAUGGAGGCGGCGCGCGCCGAGGAGUCGGCGGCGGAGGCCGCGGCGCUGCAGACGCGGCUCAAGCUGUCCGAAGCGGCUGCGGCGCGCGACGCGGCGUCCAGCAGCGGCAGCGGGAGCGGUAGCGGUGGCGGGUCGCACGGCGGCGAGGAGGCGGGAGACGAGCCGGAGGGGGCGCCGCCCGCCACGGCUGCCCCCCCGCCGCCGCCGCCGCAUCCUCCUCCUCCUCCUCCGCCGCCGCCGCCGCCGCCGCUUCUGAAGGGCGGAUCCGCCAACGGCGUCGCGGGCGUACGCCGGCUCGUCGGGUCGCUCACCCGAAUGUACGUUGCGCAAGAGAUGCGUGCGGCGGCGGCGGCGCGAGAGCAGGCUGCUGCGGCGGGGAAAGGGCCCGGCGGCGGCGGCGGCGGCGGCGGCGGCGGCGGCGGCGGCGGCGGCGGCGGCGGCGGCGGCGGCGGCGGCGGCGGCGACAAUCUCAGCGGGGCGGAGGCCGCGCGGUACGACCGCGCCGCCUGCGCGCUGGACCAGGCGGGCCGCUUGGCGGGAGGGUACGGCGCCGACACGAGCGGCAUGCUAGAGGCGGAGCAGCUGGAGGCGGAGAUCGACUUCUCGACGCUCAAGGUUGAGGGCGAGGAGGAGGGGGAGGAGGAGGGCGGGGAGGGGUCGCCCGACACGCGGCUGGCGGACUUUGCGAUGCUCGUCGGCGGCGGCGGCGACGACGCGGACGAGGAGGAGGGCGAGGACGACGAGGCGGCGGCGGCGUCGCUCGUGGAAGAGGUUGCGGCAGAGAUGGCGGCGGAGGUGGCGGCGAGGGCGGCGCAAGCGGCGCCGCCCGAAGAGCCGCCGAGCAGCGUCGAGCCCCGCCUGGCAACUACGCCGCAAUUUAGGGCCGACGCGCCGCCGCUUGACUCGCCGCCCGAGGCGCCGCUUGAGUCGCCGCCGCCGUCAGAGGCGGUUGAGCCGCCCGAGGAGGCCCCGUCGGAAGGUCUUCCGGCACCGCCGCCCGAGGCUCCGCCCGAGGCGUUGUCGCAGGCGCUGACCGCGCCGCCGCUUGACGUGCCGAGCGACGCAACGGAGGCGCCUGAGGCGGGAGGGGACGCAUUCGUGCACGAGGCCGUGGACGAUUUGCCCGGCGACGAGGAUGGGCCGGAUGGGUCGGUCAAGCAGUGGAUGCCGUCUGCCCCGCCGCCAGAGCACAACGCGAGCGAGAGCGGUGUGGCGCAGCUGCCACCGCUCGAGUAGCGAUCUCUGCAGACGCGCCUCGUGAUAUUGAUGUGAUUCGUGAGCGCUAGGGCGCUGGGGCUGGGUGUGGAAUUUGGCGAAUUUGGCGAACACGGCGCGUGAGAUCUGUAACUGCGGUGUGCGGAAGCGCGUGCUGCAUUUCUAUCGUUGUGCUUGCUCUAUAGCCU